UUAUAAGUAUUUUUUUUUGUUCAUUCACAGCAUUCAGCGUAUGAUGGCAGCAUUAGUGUGAGCUAUGCACUUUUUGUGCAGCUUAGCAUGUAUGAAGUUCCCGAGCCAGACUGGGAUUCUCAGGAAGUUAUCGCGAUCGUUCCCCUGAAGGAAUUAAAGUUCGAAUUGGAUGAAAAUCUUAGGGUAGAAAUUAAACGAGCAAUGGUGGACUGUGACCGAAGAAGAAAUGACAUUAUCAUUACACAUGAUUGCUUCAACGGAUACGGAAAAGAGGUUAUAAAAAAGUGGAACCUACAUCCCGACUCUUUCAUUCAAGUUGUCAUGCAGUUAGCAUAUGCAAAACUGCACAACGAGAUUGCUUCUACAUAUGAGACAGCCCUUAUGCGUCAUUACUACAACGGUCGUACGGAAACUUUACGCUCUUGCACCACUGAAGUACAUAAGUUUAUUCAAGUUGCAAACAAUUCAAAAUCUUCAAAUUCAGAAAUAUGUUCGGCUUUUCGAAAUGCCGUUAAUCAUCACAAUCACAUGAUGAAUGAAACGCGCGAAGGAAAUGGAGUGGACAGACAUUUAUUUGGAUUGUGGUGUAUAGCUUACGAAAAUGGAAGGGGUAUACCAGAAUUCUAUGAGGAUCCAUUGUACAUGAAAAGCGGAGGCGCAGGAAACUUUAUUCUUUCUACAAGUACGUUAGGAUAUUCCACUAAUGUGGGAUUUGUGGCUCCAAUGACCUUAGAUGGAUAUGGUGUUUUCUACACCAUUACCACAGACAAAAUACAAGGUUACGACAUCAGCCAUGGCCGCCAUCUUGAUGACGUAGAUGGCUCAAUUUUAGGAGUUGCCAGAUUCCUAAAAAAUUGUCUUAUAAAAAUACACUAUUUUAGUCAAAAAUACAUCAAGUUUUAUUGCAAAUAUGUGUAACCCUGAUAUUUACCUUUUGACAAUUUGCGUUGUGCUUUUUUCUGCGUCUUUGAGUUUAUUUAAAUUAUUAAAAAUUUAAGUGCGCUGUUUUUGAUUGUAAAAAUUACACUGAAAAAGGUAAUUUAGGUUUUACCGUAUGUCUAAAGAUGAAUUGCAAUUUCGGUAGCGAAUUUUCGCCAAUGUUUGAACGCUUUUUAUUUAUAAAUGCGCGGAUGCGUUCUGAUCACUUUCAAGAAUAAAAUCACCAGCAAAUUUCAAUUUGCAUUCGAUUUACA